UACGGCUAACGUUGAUAGCAUUACACUAUCUAAAUUUGAAAUCAUUAUUAUACUUUAGUAUUUUACUAAUUGUGAUUAGUUUAGUUUUUUUUUUUUUGGAACGCCUAAUUGUGAUUAGUUUAUAAUACUAUUUUAGUCUCAAACCGAUUACUAACAAAACUCAUGUUGUUUAGAUUAUUGAUAAAAGGUCUAUUAAUGAAGCUGAGUUGAAAGACAGGAGAAGAAUGUCAGUGUGUUUGGUGGAUACAGUAAUAAAAAGAUAUUUUUGUGGAGGAUGAAGGACACCAACGCUUCAUCAAUCAUCACAUGCUUGGGGUCCCGUCAUCAUCUCCUCAUCAUUACAUCCUCUAAAUUUGAUGGCAUCACUGAUGUCGUCUAUUGUCCUAACUUUUUUUUUUUACUUCUUUUGUUUGUUUUGAAUAGUCCUCGAGUCAUAUUACUAUAUAAAUUGCAGAAAUUGCCAACAAAGUAAUUCGUUUACGAUGGGCAUAUACCAACAAAAAGUGUAAACAAUGACUAAAAAUGUACGGAAUAAAAGCAAUGCCGUGGUAUUACCAUUGCCACUCCCAUGAACGAUACAUACAAGAAGAGCGUAAUGUUACUUUAUUUUAUUUUUUUCUAUAACCUAUCCGUACUUUUAUCUGCUAAUUAAUGUUGAAAUGGUAUAUGAUCUCCAGUUUGAUUGAAUAUUAAACGAGUGGUCACAAUGAUCCAUCAUCCAGCCCGGAAGAAAUCAAUGCUGGUCAUCGAAUAGUAGUGAAUUCUUGUUCCAAUAACAAAUUUACGUGAUCAACGGAAUAUGAUCAUCCCAUUCUUCUAGUUGUGAUAAAGAUGUCAAUCACCCAACUAGAAUCCACCGUAUUUUAAUUGAAAUUAAAUAUUAUAUAUAUAUUUAUUGCAGAAUAAAGUCAGCUAUUUUUUGGAUAAUUGAAUUUCCACUUCUUUAAUUGAAUAAAGCCUGCUUUAAUACUACUUUAGUUACACUUUGUCAAGAAAAACAAAAUGCUUUAAUUCCAUGCUUGUCUCGAUUUUUUCUUUCUACUAUUUUGUGGUCCGUAUAGUUAUUUUUUACAUAAUUGGAUAAUCAUGGAGUAAAUUUUGGAUUAGCUAAUAUAAAACGAAAAUAGAAUAACCUAUACAAACACAUUUGUUAAAGUAACGUGAGUGAAGGAAGCACCGUGAUAAAGAAGUUCGAAUAUUAUAAAAUUCAAGAUAGGAAGCACCGUGAUAAAGAAGUUCGAAUAUUAUAAAAUUCAAGAUGACAUUUUUUGUUUCAAAGAAAAGUAGAAAACUAAAUGAUAUUUUAAAAUAGAUACAUAUUUAUCUUAUACUUGUAAUAUAAACCUUAAGACUAACCAGUAUUAAUGAAUACUAACAUAAAAGUCUGCAUAAAAUAAAAAUAAUCAAGCAUGGUUACAUGUAUAUCUUUUGAUAUGUAAACACCUAUGGUUGGUUAUUUAAUUAGCAUCUGUAAUUGGAAAGUAUAGUAUAUUCAGAAAAGUAGGAAGCAAAAAAAGGUUAAGGUCUCCUAUAUCUAUGUAAUUUUUGUAGCUUUAGUGCUUUGCCCAAGGUUAUUCGACCACUCUACGUAGAUUAUUGAUAUCUCAAAGGGUGCAAAAGAAAGACCGAAGCUGAUAGCGAUCGAUUCGUAUUUUUCUCUAAGUCGUUUGGUAUUGUCCCACUGAGCAACAAACAUUUAAUUAUGAGUCAGCCGUUGGAAAUUGACCCUGAUUCUUCUUCUUAUUAACUCUUUACUUUUCUUCUUUAUUCAUUGUUUUGGCUUAUUUGCAUGAUAUCACCGCGUAAGGUCCAGACGAAUAUCAUAAAUUCUAAUAAAAAUGUACAUAUAUAUAAAAAAAAGAAACAUUUUUUGUCAACCUAUAACAAACAUUGAAAUUUCAAGAUUACUAAUAAAAAAAACUAUCCACCAAAAGAACAUUUAUUGUGAUAGAAGGAAAUAAUUCGAAAAUGAGAAAAAAAAAGAAAGAAAGAAAUAAUUCGAAAGCUAGGUUCGCACAAUGGAUUGCAAACAUGUAGAAAUCACAACCCUAGGACUUUGAGACAUCAGUGUAGUGUAGAAAUUACAUGACUAGUUGUAAAAAAAACCGAAGAAUUAUUAUUACCGCCACAAUAUCGUUAAUAGCUUCAUCCUUUUUACAAGAAUUUCAAAAAGUUAGAAAAUAAUGCAAAAAAUAUAUUUUACCAAUCGAAACAAUUGUAUUAACUGACUAAAAUGAGCUACAACUCUGAUAUUUUUGACAUUUGACAGCAUAUAUAUAUCACACUUUUAUAAUUAGUUUGCUACACACAUUUAAUCAUUCCAUUUACAGUAAGAUUUUCUCACCAGACUGCAUUUUAUAAAAUGCCCGCCUGGUUAAUAAUAAUCUCACUUUGUUCACUCCUUUGGCCGCAAGAUUGAUAUUCACUGAUUAUGUACCGCGUGUCUUGUUCAUUAGUCACACGGUCUCUUGGAGCGUAAAGAAAGAGCUAAAACCAAACCAAUGUUGGGUCAUUUUCUUUCACUCUCCACUCAACGCGCUUUCAUCGCUUCCCUCUCUAUCUCUCUCUCUCUAAACGCUGUCCUUAUUUAAAUAUCAUUCGGCCCCAGUCUCAUUUCUUACCUCUCUCUCUCUCUCUCUCUCUCUAUCUAUUAUUGUACUUUCUCCUUCUAGAAGAAACUCUCUGCACUCUGCAUACUAUCUUCUCUUUGUGUUUUAGUAAUGGUGACUUCGGAGGGGCUAGCAAGCGUCGAACCUUGGUUGUUAUAUCGACAAGGUUUCAACGUUGAUUCUUGGUUGCUUCACGAUACCUUCUCUCACGACAAUGAUCUGCUCGCCAAAGCUCUCCAUAACACCGUCUCAGCACCACCACCACAUACUCUCCCUCCCUCCCUUUUCUUCGAUUCCUAUAACCCUUCCUCAACUCACACCCUUUCCUCUAAUGUCUCUGGUGGAUCCAGUCAAGAAGUUGUUGGCGGAGGAGCUAAAAGAAAGCAUAACUGCUUCCUCACCGAAGGUAAAGCCACGAAGCGCCGCCGCUCUCGCCCUUCCAAGAAACCUCAGACCACGUUCAUAACCGCGGACCCGUCAAACUUCCGCCAGAUGGUUCAGCAAGUGACCGGCGCCAAGUGCAUCAACAACGAUACUUCUUCCUCGGUGCUUUUCACUCCCAUCGUCAAGCCGGAGCCGCAUAGGCUCGUUAACAUACUUACUGGCGCGGUUCCAACGCUAGACACAUCAGCAUUUCUAACUAACCAUCACCAUGAGAAUCUCCUUGCCGGAAACACCUUUUCCGGUAGCGACGCCGUGGGGUUACCGCCGGAGAAAGCUAAUGCAAAGAGUGGUGGUUCAGCCGUGGAGUUUGAUCCUUACCCAACGUUUCCGACGCUCGAGUCGUGGAAAGUUAUGUGAUUCCUUCUAAGUUGCCUUGUAAUUUUUUUAACUACUAUGCAUCUCAUUAUGAAUGAUCUUUGUUCAUAUAUGUUGGUACUUAAUCUAUUUGACUUUAAAACUAUUUAGCGGGUAAUUAACUCA